AUGGCUUCCAGCUUGAAGCGUUUGGCCAGGGAGCAUGCCUCGCUCCAUCACAAGGGCCUCCCGCCAUACUACUGCUUUCCCAGCUCCAACCCCGCCGGCCCAGAUAGCUUGACGCAGCUCACUGUGCUGCUUACGGGGCCAUCAGGGACCCCUUACUCGCAGGGACUUUGGCGUCUGCAGCUUCGUCUGCCGGAAGACUACCCCACAAGCCCGCCAAAGGCGUUUUUCAAGACACGGAUAUGGCACCCUAAUGUCGAGGAAUCGACCGGCGCCGUCUGUGUGGACACGCUAAAGAGAGACUGGGAUCCAAAGCUUACACUGAGUGAUAUCUUGAUCACAAUAUCGUGUCUUUUGAUACAUCCAAACCCUGAUUCGGCACUAAACGCCACUGCCGGUGCUUUGCUACAGGAAAACUACGAGUCAUUCGCUCGGCAGGCCAAGCUGAUGACCUCUAUCCAUGCUCCUAUCCCCGCAGAUAUGAAAGACCAAGUGAACGAAGCCAAAAGAGAUGACAACGUUACUGUCAGUUCAACUGGUGAAGAGCAGAACGUCUCGGAUAGAGACGUGCCAGUACAGACAGUCAUCAUGAAACGAAAACAGCAAUCAACUACACCAUUACCGGAAGAGCAACGGCCUGCUUCGGAACACCAGCAAGUGAAUCAGCCAGCCGAGGACUCAGAUUCAGAUGCAGAUGCGGACUCGGAUUCAGAAAACUCAGCAUCGAAGGAGAAUGAUCCAACACUUUCAAGUUCUCCUGUUAUAAUGCCUGUCCGCAGCCCACGUAGCGUCCUUGGGAAACGCCCCCUAUCCGUCCUUUCUGUGGCAGAGGAACCAGAGCUCGUUCUGGUAAAUGAUUCAUCUGACGACGAAGAGGGCGCAGAUCAGCCGCCAGAGUUCAGUGGUAUGACAGCCUCGGAAAAGAACGUAGCAGCCAACAGCCCCGACUUCGCAACUACCAUACGCAGAAACAGGUCAAAUUCAAAACAUCAACACCCACACCAACACCAACACCACAUUCCGUCUUUAAAUGAUCAAUCACUCCUUCUCCAACCGCGGCGAAAAGCUCCUAAACUCUCCGAUUCGACAGCGAAGCGGUCGUGCAUUAAUAUGGCCCCAGUCAGCGUCUUGGCUCCAGCGAAGACAACGGCUGAGAGGAAGCGAAGCUCCGCCGGGUCAGACGGUGGCAAUUACGCGAAUGCGAAACCGCUCAGCCCAAUCAUAAGUGCCGCUACGGCCACCAUGACCACAAAGGAGACAAACAUGAAGCAGGCCGGUGGUCCAGCACCAUUCCUGACAAGUAAAGUCGAAGCCUCGUUUUCAAUGGAUGAUAAACUGUCUGUUCGAAGCAGCCUUGCGCCCCUUCCCCUGGCUAGGAAACCGCAACACCAACAUACCUUGAGUAACCUAACGGUCAGACCGAAGCCCCGGACGGGUCUUAGGAGGUUGUAA